AUGGACCCUAAGAAGUGCCAUGUCCCACUCCUGUCUGAGAGUGGCAUCCCUAUGUCACUUUCCCACUGUUCACGGAGAGUGGCAGUCAGGCAGCCUUCUCCACAGAGGACUAGUCUUGCAGCCAUCAGCAAAUGCACAGACCUCUCUAAUCCCACCACCAUUGAGCCUUUCCAUGGCCCACACAGCCACCUGGUCUUGGAGGAUGGCACCAGGAUGAAAGGCUUUUCCUUUGGGCAUGAGUUCUCUGUAGCUGGGGAAUUGGUCUUCAAUACUGGCCUGGUUGGGUAUCCUGAAGCUCUGACUGACCCCAGCUACAAAGGUCAGAUCCUCACCCUGACCUACCCCAUCGUUGGGAACUACGGGGUACCCAACACCCAGGAGCUGGAUGAACUGGGCCUGAGAAAACACGUGGAGUCAGAUCGCAUCCAGGUUUCUGGUCUUCUGGUUCAAGACUACAGUCAUGAGUACAGUCACUGGAACUCGGUCAAGUCUUUGGGUCAGUGGCUACAAGAGGAGAAGGUUCCUGCUCUGUUUGGAAUAGACACCAGAAUGCUGACGAAGGUCAUCAGAGACAAGGGUACAGUUUUGGGGAAGAUUGAAUUUGACGGGAAACCUGUUGAGAUAACGGACCCCAACCAGAAAAAUUUAGUCGCUGAAGUUUCAACCAAGGAAACCAAAAUCUUCGGAAAAGGAAACCCAAUCAAAGUGGUUGCUGUCGAUUGUGGGAUUAAACACAACAUUAUCCGCCUGCUGGUUAAGCGGGGUGCAGGCCACCUGGUGCCAUGGGACCAGGACCUUCUAAGUCUAGAUUACGAUGGUCUGUUCAUCUCCAAUGGACCAGGAGAUCCGGCUCUGGCUUCGACCCUUGUCCAAAAUGUCAGGAAGGUUUUGGAAAGCGAUCGUCCCCAGCCUGUGUUUGGAAUCUGUAUGGGAAACCAGAUCACCGCUCUCGCUGCUGGAGCCAAGUCAUACAAACUACCUAUGGGCAACAGGGGCCAAAACCAGCCAGUGCUGAAUGUGAUGACAGGCCAGGCCUUCAUUACAGCGCAGAACCACGGCUACGGAAUAGACAGCUCGUCCCUGCCCUCGGGGUGGAGCCCGCUGUUCAUCAACGCCAACGAUGGCACAAAUGAGGGUAUCAUGCACAACAGCAAACCUGUUUUCACAGCCCAGUUCCAUCCCGAGGCUAAAGGCGGUCCCACAGACACAGAGUUCCUUUUCGAUGCCUUCAUAUCCCUGAUCAAGAAAGGAAAGGAUACCAACAUAGUGUCAGUCAUGCCAAAUCCACCCAAAGUUCCCCAAAGAGCUCCGGUGUCAAAGGUCCUGGUGCUGGGCUCUGGGGGUCUUUCUAUUGGUCAGGCUGGAGAGUUCGACUACUCUGGAUCUCAAGCCGUUAAGGCCAUGAAGGAGGAGAACCUGAAGACAGUGCUCAUGAACCCAAACAUUGCCUCAGUUCAGACAAACGAGGUGGGCACCAAACAGGCAGACUCAGUCUACUUCCUGCCCGUCACACCACAGUUUGUGACAGAGGUCAUCAAAGCUGAGCGUCCCGACGGCAUCCUGCUCUCGAUGGGUGGACAAACUGCUCUGAACUGUGGAGUGGAAUUAUUCCAGAGUGGCGUCCUGGAGAAGUAUGGCGUCAAAGUCCUUGGAACCCCAGUGGAGUCCAUCAUGGCCACAGAGGACAGGCAGCUUUUUGCUGAUAAACUCAUGGAGAUCAAUGAGAAGAUCGCACCCAGUAUCGCUGUGCAAACGGUGUCUGAUGCCUUGGAUGCAGCAGAGAAGAUCGGCUACCCAGUAAUGUUGCGAUCUGCUUAUGCCCUUGGAGGUCUUGGUUCUGGUCUGUGUGCCAACAAAGAAAAGCUGGAGGAAACUGCUCACAAGGCGUUGGCCAUGAGCAGUCAGAUCUUGGUAGAGAAGUCACUGCUGGGCUGGAAAGAGGUGGAAUACGAAGUGGUCCGAGAUGUGGCUGAUAACUGCGUCACUGUCUGCAACAUGGAAAACUUUGACCCCCUGGGCAUCCACACCGGUGACUCCAUAGUUGUGGCACCCAGUCAGACUUUGUCCAACGAAGAAUACCACAUGCUUCGUGAGACCGCCAUUAAAGUGGUUCGCCACCUUGGUAUCGUUGGUGAGUGCAACAUCCAGUACGCCCUGCACCCCUCUUCCUUGGAAUAUUGCAUCAUUGAAGUUAACGCCCGCCUCUCGAGGAGCUCUGCCCUCGCAUCAAAAGCAACUGGGUAUCCUUUGGCGUUUGUAGCUGCUAAGCUAGCUCUGGGGAUCCCUCUGCCAGAGAUCAAGAAUGCAGUAUCUGAGAAGACCACCGCCUGCUUCGAGCCUAGUCUAGACUAUAUUGUCACUAAGAUACCUCGAUGGGAUUUGGAUCGCUUUCAGGGCAUGUCUCGAGAGAUAGGCAGCGCCAUGAAAAGCGUUGGAGAGGUGAUGGCGGUGGGUCGGACCUUUGAGGAGAGUAUGCAGAAGGCACUGAGGAUGUGUCAUCCAUCUGUGGAUGGAUUUGUACCCCAGCUGCCACUCAAGAAAGCCUGGGCAAACACCCACAACCUGCAACAGGAGCUGGCUGUGCCCUCAAGCACCCGUAUCUUCUCCCUCGCCAAGGCCCUCCAUGGUGGUAUGAGUGUGGAUAAGAUCCACCAGCUGACGGCCAUAGACAAGUGGUUCCUGCACAAACUCAACCGGAUAACACAACUGGAGCAGCACCUGACAAACUACAAGAGUGCCACAGUUCCCAGAGAGCUGCUACUGAAGGCCAAACAGGAUGGUUUCUCCGACCGACAAGUUGGUCAGAUUCUGGGAAGCAACGAGCGAGGAGCAAGAGAGCUGAGGCUGUCCCACGGCAUCAGGCCCUGGGUCAAACAGAUCGACACACUGGCAGCAGAGUAUCCUGCCAUGACCAACUACCUCUACUGCACCUACCACGGACAGGAGCAUGAUCUGGACUUCAAAGACCAGGGCAUCAUGGUUCUCGGUUGCGGGCCGUACCACAUCGGGAGCAGUGUUGAGUUCGACUGGUGUGCGGUGUCGAGCAUCAGAGCCCUGAGGCAGAUGGGCAAGAAGACUGUAGUGGUCAACCACAACCCAGAGACGGUCAGCACGGACUUUGACGAGUGUGACCGUCUUUAUUUUGAAGAGCUGACCUUGGAACGAAUCCUGGACAUCACCCAACAGGAGGGUUGCACUGGUACCAUUGUGUCAGUUGGAGGCCAGAUCCCCAAUAACUUGGCCGCCCCGCUGCACAUGAACGGGGUCAGGAUUCUUGGGACCAGCCCGUUGCAGAUUGACCGGGCUGAGGAGCGCUCCAUCUUCUCCAGUAUCUUAGAUGACCUCGGCGUGGCUCAGGCCCCAUGGAGAGCCCUCAGCUCACUGGACGAUGCCUUCUCUUUUGCCAACCAAGUGGGCUACCCCUGUCUGCUCCGCCCCUCGUAUGUUCUGAGUGGCUCGGCGAUGAAUGUUGUGUACGGAGAGGAGGAGAUGAAGCGCUUCUUGGAAGAGGCCACUCAGGUGUCGCAGGAGCAUCCAGUGGUCAUCACGAAGUUCAUCCGCGGCGCCAGGGAGGUGGAAGUGGACGCCGUGGCCAAAUGUGGAAAGGUUCUGGUCCACGCCAUAACGGAGCAUGUGGAGGACGCAGGUGUGCACUCGGGAGAUGCCACCUUAAUGCUGCCAACACAGACCAUCAGCCAGGGAGCGCUGGAAAAGGUUAAGACCGCCACCCGGAAAAUCGCACAAGCAUUUGAGAUUUCGGGGCCCUUUAACACCCAAUUUCUGGUUAAAGGCAAUGAUGUCAUGGUGAUAGAGUGUAAUCUGCGGGCGUCACGCUCCUUCCCAUUUGUAUCAAAAACUAUCGGCGUGGACUUUAUUAAUGUGGCAACCAAAGUGAUGGUGGGAGAGCCUAUGGAUGAAACCAGCCUGCCUUCUCUGGAGAAGCCCAUCAUUCCUGUGGACUACGUCGGCAUCAAGGCGCCCAUGUUCUCCUGGCCACGACUCAGGGAUGCAGACCCGGUGCUUCGCUGCGAGAUGGCCUCCACUGGAGAAGUAGCGUGUUUUGGACCGAACAUUUAUUCAGCCUUCCUGAAGGCAAUGCUCUCCACAGGCUUUAAGCUGCCACAGAAGGGCAUCCUGAUUGGGAUUCAGCAUUCGUUCCGACCCAAUUUCCUGGCUACAGCCCACCAGCUCAAAGAGGAGGGAUUCAAGCUGUACGCUACUGAAGCCACCUCUGCCUGGUUAAGUGCCAAUGACGUCCCUGCCACUCCAGUCGCCUGGCCAAGUCAGAAUGCAGAAGAAACCAGUCUGCCCAGUAUUAAAAGACUGAUCAGCAAAGGUCAUAUUGACCUGGUGGUCAACCUGCCCAAUAACAACACCCGCCUCAUCAAGGACAACUUCCUCAUCCGCAGAAUGGCCAUCGACCACGGUGUUCCUCUCAUCACCAAUUACCAGGUUGUGAAGCUUUUUGCCGAGGCUAUUUCUUAUGCAGAUGAACUUGACACAACCAGCCUUUUCCACUACCGGCAGAAAGAAGGCAAACAAAGAGGGGCUAGUCAACAGGCAUAGAGCCCCUUUGUCCUUUCUGUCCCCUUCAUUCAGCAUUACUAAGCAGGGACAUCGUUUUUGUUGCUUUUUAUCCCUUCCAUCUCUUCUCCCAUCCUGAUGUGUCAAGAACACGUCAAGUCAUUCAGGUGCCGGAGUUUCAGUCCCAUGGGUGUCACAGAAAUUACUGCUUUUCUACAAAGCCUUCAUCAUCUACUCAACUAUUAAUUUAUUGGAUUUUCUGGAUUUCAACUGCUUAGCUCUCAAGAGGAUCACGUUGGUGUUGCCAGUUCAUCACAGGGCAACACACACGAAUAACCAGUCAUUCUAACCAUCAUGCAUAUGGGGGAUUUAGAUUGACCAAUUAACCUAUCAGUGCAUGGCUUUGGAUGGUGGGCGGAGCCUGGAGUACCCCGAGAGAACCCUUACAGAAGUGGGGAGAACAUACAAACUGGACACAGAAUGGUCUACUCACACUAAUUACUUCAUUUAUGGUCUAUAGAUUUUGUUUACUAAGUCGGCUCCCAACUCUUAAACAACUUUUUAAUUGCCAAAUUUGUGUUUAAAUUUUAUUUUUUGGAUGUUUAUUCCUUUCUAAGGGGAUAUUUCUUCAGGUUAACUGUUCACAGCUGGGAUUACUUAUUAACAUUGGGGAAAAAAACAAGGAUUGGUGAUAUUUUUAACUUGGCAGUAGUGUUCUCAGUUGCUUUUUUUUUAUUAUUUACAAAGCUCUGACAAGUAACAGUGACUGAUAAACAGGGACACAAAGAUCACUAUUGUUGUGUUAUAGUGGCUUUAAGAGUCGGUACUUAUUACCUGGACAGAUUUCCCUUUUGUGGGUGACAAGCAACCUGUGAAAACAUGCUAAAGUUUGUUUGUUUUUUUAAACUACCCAGCUCUUCCUCAGCUUCUUUUAUUCCCAAAGCCUUGGUCCAGUGCUUUAAGGCAUUUAUUCCUUUUCAUGCAUUUUUUUUUUAAACCUAUGUCAUGCUAUAGUUGUGCAUAUAGUACAUGUUUAUUAGAUACUGAACAUAUACUACAUGUACAACUUCUUGCCAGCUGUAAAAUAAUGGUAAUUCAUGUGGAUUUAAUGAUAAGAAGGGGUUUAAUUUUGAAGACCUUUUGCCUGGAUCUCUAGCUUUUUGUUUUGAAGCUGAUGAGUUUAUAUAUUUGGAUGUAUAUGUAUGUAUGUAUAUAUUGUAUGUUUUCAGCAAUAUCUGCAUUAAACCAUCUUAAAAACAAUGCAGUCCAACAUUUAAGUGGACAUUAUGUAUAGUAAUAAUAAUACAUGUAAGUGUUACACUGUUGUGCUGUUUUUCUUUGCUUUGUGAAUGAAUGAAACCACUGUAUCCCAUUAAAGUAAACUCACACAGCGACU